CAAUCAUACGCAGCACUCGAUUACCAAAGCCGUGUGUCCUCUGCAUAUUCUGUCCCUUUUCUGCCGCUGCUGCUCGUUUUCUCUUCCGCGUCGCUUCUUCGCCUUUUCUAGAUCUCCGGAUUCGCGCCUGAUAUGUCUUCCUCCAAGCCCGCCGGAUCCAUCCAUGACUUCACCGUCAAGGAUGCCAGGGGAAAUGAUGUGGAUCUUAGCAUUUACAAAGGGAAGGUCUUGCUGAUUGUCAAUGUUGCAUCUCAAUGUGGGCUGACUAACUCAAACUACAAGGAACUGACUCAGCUAUAUGAGAAGUACAAGGACAAAGAUUUUGAGAUUCUGGCUUUUCCAUGCAACCAAUUUGCUGGGCAAGAACCAGGAAGCAAUGAGGAGAUUGUUGAGUUUGCUUGCACUCGUUUCAAAGCUGAAUAUCCGAUAUUUGACAAGGUCGAUGUGAAUGGUCAAAAUGCCACACCCAUAUAUAAGUUCUUGAAGUCGAGCAAAGGUGGCAUUUUUGGGGAUGGCAUCAAGUGGAACUUCACCAAGUUCUUGGUGGACAAGGAUGGCCGCGUGGUAGAUCGCUAUGCCCCAACCACAUCCCCUCUGAGCAUCGAGAAGGAUAUCAAGAAGCUUUUGGGGCUUUCAUAAAUUACACAUGCUCGUAGCCUCUGAACCUUCGCACUUGCUUGCACACAUUUGUAGUACAUAUGACUAUGAAUAAAGUGUUGUAAGCUGGAUUAUGAGAGACAUUAAUUAGUAACUGCAUGACUAUAUACAAACACAGUGUUCAUUCGUGUACUUGAUAACUUCUCUUGGUAUGUUGGUGGAGAGGUUUAUGAUAAACAUGUGAUAGCUCUCUUAUAAUUCUUCUGUGGUUUAUCAUAUGGCUCUUGAUUGA